GCGAUUCUUGUUCAAGCCAAUAUGGAUAGGAAUCUUUCGCUCUUCAUUGUCUUCUCUUUCCUCUUGGUCUCCACGAUCUCAUCGGAGACGGAGGACUUGGCCGCCGUGAGUGACGCAGAGCCGUUGAUCCGGCAGGUGGUCGACGGUGGCGACCUUCGACUGGGCGCAGAGCGUCACUUCUCUCUCUUCAAGGAUAGGUUCGGGAGGUCGUACUCUUCCAAGGAAGAGCACGACUAUAGGUUCAAGGUAUUUAAGGCUAACUUGCGCCGAGCUGAACGGCACCAGAAGCUGGACCCGUCGGCAGUUCAUGGUGUGACUCAGUUCUCGGAUUUGACUCCAUCCGAGUUUCGGAAGAAAUUUUUGGGUCUCAGAGGUCUCAGGUUGCCUGCGGAUGCACACAAGGCUCCCAUAUUGCCUACCGAUGAUCUCCCCAGUGACUUUGAUUGGAGAGAUCAUGGUGCUGUUACCCCCGUUAAGAAUCAGGGUUCGUGUGGUUCAUGUUGGAGUUUUAGCACAACUGGGGCCCUGGAAGGUGCUCACUUCCUCUCGACGGGACAACUUGUCAGCCUUAGCGAACAACAACUUGUGGACUGCGAUCAUGAGUGCGAUCCAGAAGAACCUGGUUCUUGCGACUCUGGAUGCAAUGGUGGACUAAUGAACAACGCUUUUGAAUACAUCCUUAAGGCUGGUGGGGUCAUGCGGGAGGAUGACUAUCCUUAUAUUGGUACUGAUCGUGGGGCCUGCAAAUUUGACGAGACUAAGAUUGCAGCAUCAGUGGCAAACUUCAGUGUUGUCUCACUUGACGAGGACCAGAUUGCUGCUAAUCUUGUGAAAAAUGGUCCUCUUGCCGUGGCCAUCAAUGCAGUAUAUAUGCAGACAUAUGUGGGAGGAGUUUCAUGCCCAUACAUAUGUUCAAAGCGGCUAGACCAUGGGGUGUUGCUGGUAGGAUUUGGUUCGGCUGGCUAUGCUCGCAGUCGGCUGAAAGAGAAACCAUAUUGGAUCAUUAAGAAUUCAUGGGGAGAGGAUUGGGGAGAAAAUGGUUACUAUAAGAUUUGCCGGGGACGUAAUAUCUGUGGUGUGGACUCCAUGGUAUCCACUGUGGCCUCCAUGCACACAAAUUCUGACCAGGUGUCCAAUAUCAUGAUUAAGGUGUAAUUUACAGGAUGCCUCGCUUUUUAGUUUUCGCUCUUGUCUGCUCGAAAAGUAUGUAAACUAUCCUCUAAUAACAUCACAAACAUUCUGUCAGCUUCUUGACUAACGAUGAACAUUUAAAUUGAUUUUAUGCAA